AUGAUGGGCACAUCAGCUACCACGCCGUCUCCCAGCCCAGCACCUGCGAUGAGAUCUUCGCCUGCCGCGUCGGUCGCCGGGGCAAAGCGAAAGCGAGCCACACCAGGAAAAUACUAUGCGGUGAAAAAGGGCUAUCAACCGGGAGUAUAUUUUGAAUGGAACGAUUGCUUGACACAAGUGACCGGGUACAAAGGCGCAGUCUUUCAGGCAUUCUCGACAAUUGAAGAGGCAAACUCCUUCCUGACAGGCACGAAAGCGCCAUCUGGCGGUGCUGCAUCCUCGGACUCGGUACAUACCAGAUUUUAUGGGAUUCAGCGCGGGCGUGUGCCAGGUGUUUACACCGACUGGGCUCAGGCACAGGAGCAAAUUAGAGGCUUUCAACGACCAAGCUAUAAGAAGUUUCCGACGCGCGCAGAGGCAGAAGAAUUCGUGAAGAUGGGCCAGCAGUCUGGGGCGUCAUUCGCAUCCGACAGCAUCAAAACACAGAAGCCUUCUGGAGCCCCUGGGAUGAUGGAUGAGAUACCAAAGGACGAACAUGGCGUUCCGUACGAGGCGGCCGAUGGUCCAUUGGGCUUGGACGCCGAGGAUGGAUUUGAUCCCAAUGUGCUUCUGGAUCCAAAAACAGGCAAAGCGGUCUACAAAACUCCGGAGCAGAAGACUGCCACCAAAGUUCAUCCAAAGGGACCACCGAGUAUGCUCCGGAUUUAUACUGAUGGCAGUUCGCUAGCAAAUGGUCGAGCGGUUGCGUCUGCAGGUGUGGGAGUCUAUUUUGGACCCGGAGACAGCAGAAAUGUCUCAGAGCCUCUGAAGGGUAAUCGGCAAACUAACCAACGCGCUGAACUGACAGCGAUCCUCCGAGCCCUGGACAUCGCUCCGCGACACCGCGACGUCACUAUCUUCACAGACAGCCAGUAUUCAAUCAAAUGCGUAACUGAGUGGUUCCAGAGUUGGCGGCGGAAUAACUGGAUAACUUCAAGCAACAAAGCCGUUGAGAACAAGGAUCUCAUUGAGUCGAUUCUGGACAAGAUCGAGGAGCGGGAUAAGCUCAAAGUCAAGACAUUCUUCGAGUGGAUAAAAGGGCACAGCAAGGACCCGGGAAAUGAAGCUGCUGAUCGCCUUGCCGUCAAUGGAGCCCAAAGAGGCGUCGCAGACAAACAGGCGGCCAUGGAAACCGUACAAGAUAUCCCGGACGAUGCUUUUGACGAUGAGUUUGAAUAA